AUGCCCCCUCUCUUCCCAUUCGAACCCCAUGCAUCCCAUCAUACGUGCACGAGUCCACGUCAUCCGCAGAAAUCGUCUCAAAAGCCAUCUCCAUCCCUCCCCCCUCCUCCGAACCCCUCAUUCGUCCCGCCAGACGUGCACGAGGCCACGUCAUCCGCAUACACGGCGCGGCCAGGCGAGGACGACGGCACGCUGCUGUCGCCGGUGCAGGACUACGUGGCGGCGCGCGAGCUGCAGAAGCUCGCCGGGAUCUACGCCGUGUAUGACGGCGCUGGCGCGCUGCAGUACGUGGGGUACUCGCGCAACAUCGUCGUGUCGCUCAAGGGCCACAGGGCGGCUAUGGGCGAGGAACUGUGUAGCUCUGUGAGGGUGCAGGUGUACCGGGCAGAUUCACUGCUUUCCCGGGCAGUGCUGGACGGGGAGCGGAGGCGGUGGUUGCAGGAGCUCGGGCAGAGCGAAAGUUUCAUGCAGACUAGCAGUUUUGCCCGGUGGGAGGCGCAGGGCGCGCAGGUGGGCGCGGCAGCAGCGGCGGCGGCGGAGGGGGGGGAGCUGAGCGAUGGGGAGCGGGCGGAGCAGGAGGAGCGGCGGCUGAGGAUGCGCAAGGCGAUGGGGGAGAACCUGAUGGACGAUGAGGAGUACAGGCGGAGGGUGGAGGGCGGGGAGUCGGACGGGGAGAGCGACAGGCGGAGGAUGCAGCUGCUGCAGGCCACAGAGGGCGACGACUGGAGCUCUGUGAUUGACGGGCAGACGCAAGAAACCGUUUCUGCUAGAGGAAGCUCUAAUGGGAAGCCUUCCAGAGCAGCGAAAGGAGAGGCGAGAGGAGCCACAGCAACAGAAGCAGCAACAGCACAGCAAGGCAGCGGGGUAGCUGCACCCUCCGCUGCUCUCCCUUCGGCAGCACCCAUUGUUAGCCCGUUUGCGCGCCCAGGUGCUGCAGGCACGGGGGCAGGUGGGGGAGCAGAGGAAGCGGAGGGGAAGAUGGAGCUGAGUGUUGAGUCGGCUGACCGCGUGCUGGAUCGCGUGCGGCCGUACCUGGUGGCUGAUGGCGGCAAUGUGGAGGUGAAAGCGGUGGAGAAUGGUGUUGUUAUCCUGGAGCUGCAAGGUGCGUGCAACACGUGUCCCAGCUCAGCCGCAACGAUGAAGAUGGGCAUUGAGAGGGCCCUGCAGGACGCGUUUGGGGAGAAGCUCAAGGAGGUGAUGCAGCUGGGUGGCGUUGACAACAGGCUCACCCUCGCUGCUGUGGAGAAUCAUCUUUCACACCACUCUGAGCAAGUAGCGCAUGUGUCAGCAGCCUGA